AUACAUUUUUCAGAACAGAAAAUGAACAUGUUGUAUAUUUUGGUUUAUUUUGGUUUUUGAUUGGUAAAAACGAUGUGGAUUAAGCCAACCGAAGUAAUCCUAACUAAUGCCUUGUGGACCACAGAACAGGCGAACCCGUAUUUUAGUUUGCAAAGAAGAAAAGGUCAUGGGGACAGUGGGAUUACUUCCUUGCUCAUAGGAACAUUCGAUCAUGUUUUGGACUCGAAGCCUCCUCCAUUCAGAAUCCUAUUGCAAUCAACAUCCUCAUCAGAUGUUAUUUUUGUAAUUGCAACUGCUACCAAGAGAAAAGAAAUUGAUUCAAACUGGAAAUGGCUUGAGCAGUAUCUUCUUCCAACAUUAGAAUCAUUUGACAAUGACAAUGAUGCAAAAGAAUUUGUCCAGGCUAAAAUAGAAAGUCUGGUAGCUCAAAAUGAAGCAAAACAUGGUCCUGAAGCCACUCCAGAAUCAGCUAAAUUCCAAUCGGCUUUUGCAAGAUUUAAACGACUAUUUCACAUGCCCAAAGAAGAGAAACUUGUAAAUUAUUAUUCAUGCAGUUAUUGGAAAGGAGUUGUUCCUCGUCAGGGAUGGAUGUAUCUCUCUAUAAACCAUCUUUGUUUUUACUCAUUCCUCUUGGGACGUGAAGCUAGGCUGGUCAUUCGCUGGACAGAUGUCACUAAACUUGAAAGAACCAAUACUGUUCUUCUUCCUGACGGAAUUAAAGUGUGCACUCGUUCUUCUGAGCACAACUUUUCCUUGUUGCUUCACGCGUCUGAGACAUUUGCCUUGAUGGAACAAUUGGCCAACAUUGCAAUGAGAAGAUUAUUAGCAGAAAAGGGAUUUGAGGUCGAAUCCAUUCUUUCUCCGCCAACAGCAAAGGAGAGAAAAAAACGAAAGAAAAAGAGUACGUCGAUGUUGAAACGUGAUCUGGAUGCAAGGGCAAGGAGCGAGCAUUAUCGCAAUUUAUUUCGUCUUCCAAGCGAAGAAAAACUGGAUGGGGACUGUGAAUGCACAAUAUGGAGUCCUCAUUCAAAGUGCGUUAUCUGGGGAACUCUCUACUGUUCUCCUAACUUCAUGUGCUUCGCAAGUAAGAUCAGACACCUUGUUAGCGUUGUUAUUCCCAUGCGAGAGAUCACCGUGGUCGAGAAGGCGAAUAAUCCCACCCUGCCGAACGCCAUGCAUAUUACGACCAAAUCGAAGGCAUCGUUUUUGUUCGCAACAUUUGCAUCUCUCAAAGAUCGUGAUUACCUGGUCAGGAGGAUUUCAGACUUUCUUGCCCGUGUCCCAACGCCAGAAAAUAGUUCCAUGAAUUUGAAGGCGAAGAUGCAAUCACCACUGACUAAGAUGUUUUCACAUCGCUCACCGAGUCAGGUCAAUGUCAAGGAACCUGUCAAAGAACACUUGUGGGAUCUUCAUUUUGCUGAAUUUGGCAGGGGCGUGUGCAUGUAUCGUACCGUUAAAACACACGAACUUGUUUUGAAAGGCAUUCCAGAUAGUUUACGUGCGGAAAUCUGGUUGAUUUUCUCUGGCGCCGUUACCGAGAUUGCAACACACCCAGGCUAUUAUCAUUCCUUGGUUGAAGAGAGCUCUGGUCAGUUGACCUUGGCCAACGAAGAGAUAGAAAGAGAUCUGCACAGAUCUCUACCCGAGCAUCCGGCCUUUCAAUCAGAAGUUGGCAUUGAUGCGUUACGUCGAGUUUUGACCGCUUAUGCCUGGAGAAAUCCGACCAUUGGAUAUUGCCAAGCUAUGAACAUAGUUGCCUCUGUGUUGUUACUGUAUUGUAACGAAGAGGAAGCCUUCUGGUUGCUGGUUGCAGUUUGCGAAAGAUUGUUACCGGAUUAUUAUAACACCAAGGUCGUUGGUGCUCUGGUUGAUCAAGGUGUUUUCGAAGAGUUAAUUCGAGAAAAUAUCGCGGAACUGUACGAUCAUUUGAAAGAACUUGGAAUCCUGCAUAUGAUAUCUUUAUCAUGGUUCUUAACUCUGUUUCUCAGCGUCAUUCCCUUUGCAAGUGCAGUGAAUGUUGUCGACUGUUUCUUUUAUGACGGAGCCAAGGUGACAUUUCAAGUAGCCUUGGCUAUUUUGGAUGCCAACAGAAAUAGAUUGCUCUCCGUAGAUGACGAUGGCGAAGCGAUGACGAUACUCAACGAAUAUUUGGAUAAUAUUACUAACAAAGAAUACGAUUCACCUUUCAAAUCUUCCGCUUCAACUAUACGAAGUGGUUCCGCUAGUGGGCCAUAUUCGUCUGUCGAUAUCUCUCAACUUAUCGUGGAGUCCUAUCGGAAGUUUGGAUUCAUCACGUCAGAGCAGAUUGAGCGAAUGAGAAACACGCAACGAUUGAAGGUUGUCCAGGGAAUGGAGGACAGCAUACGUAAAACUGUUGUUCGUAAUGUCGCCGAAGAAUCGCUUUUCACUGUCAACGAACUGGAUCUUGUCUAUCGUUUGUUUAAGGAUGGUCAAUUACAAAGUCGAUCAUGGGGCGACAACUCGGCUCCCCGCUACGAACUCGACUCCAGUAAACUACAGAGAAUUGAAUAUGAACAAUUUAGGAUUUUGUUCAAAUGUCUCACGAAAUGGGGCCGAAAUGAAGCCGGUGAUAACUUGUCAGCGAGGGCUUUUAGGUUGAUUGAUCGCGAUGCAGAUGGCGUUAUUAACUUCAAGGAAUUCGCCAUAACAUUGGGUCUGAUAUGCCGUGGCGACCUACAACAGCGACUCAAAUUUAUCUACCGUUUGCAUCUGCCGCCUGCUUUACCGCUUUCCGAACUGGAGGACGGCAACUCGCCGGACGAGGACGGGGCGCUGGAGAGCUGCAGUGAUGUCGAUGAAGCCGAGGAAUGCGAUGAAUCUGAUGGGAUAGACAUGCGCAAUGGCGCGACUCUUUUGGAUCCUCUAGGAGCAGGCGUGGUUGUUAUACAAGGUAAGGUAACUAGACAGUCGAGUACUGAAUCAGAGCGCUCGGGUCGGAAUAUUGAAAACCAUAUCUCAAAAUCCGAAAAUAUAUCAUCGGGACAAUCCUCCUUCGAUGAUCGUCCAACUGCAUUCGAAAAUUUGAACUCCGAAAAUGCCCCGAAUGUUUCCGAAAUUGUUACGAAUGUUUCAACGAACUGCUCGAAGGAUAUUCAUAAUUCUACUGACUGCCUUACGGCGGUUCUCAAAGAAAACACAAAGACGUCCGAAGGUUCGGCGAACGCCUCCGAAGCGUCCUCGGAGAUUUGGGAUGGUUGUUCAAUCGAAAGCGAUAAUUUGGAUUUUGAUCUUGUCACCCAAAACGAACUUGUUGGUGAGGACUGUGAAGGGUAUUUAAGGGAUACAAGAAGUCAGCCAGGAGUAUAUCAUGUUGUGACAAGUCCAGACGCUACGGACGGAGCUGUACGUAGCGAAAUCGGACAGGUCUCGGAGGUUAACGGCAGCUGCACUGAAAAUAUGAAUCAAAAACAGUUUAUUAAUCUUUGGAAAACAUUCUACUCGCUCUUUCGAGAACUUCCCAACGAACAAGAAAUGUACAGAGCAAUCGCAUCGGUCGGCACUUUACUUCUUAAUUUGGGCGAACUCACUGCUGGCGAAAAUCCGGUCAAAACGAGUAUAGGGGCUGCGUCAAACGUGUCAAAACCUGCUGUGGAGAACUCGUCAAACCGGCCUGAAACUAUCGAAGGCCCUUUGAGGUCAGAAAAUAUUUUAUCGAAUGAAACUAAUUCCUCCAAUUUGGAUGAAAGAUCCAACAAUUCUAGUCCAGUAUCAGACGCUGGAAGUGUUCAACGAAGGCUCUGCGAAGCUUUGGCUGAUGCGGCAGAGGAUUGCGAACCAGGGAGUCACGGAGCUAAUACGAAUGAUGACGAAUUCAUCCGAGUAGGGAGCGAAGACAGUUUACUGAGUAGUCCGGAAGUUAUUGACUUGGAUGAUGAUUCCAAAAAUCAGUGUACUGGGGCCGAACAGUUAACUCGAAAAUCCGAAGGUUGUAGGAAGGCCUCGGCUGAUUCUGAUAUUCAUACGAACAAUUCCGAUCAUCACACAGAAUUUCCCGAAUGUAGUACGAAGAUGUCCGGUGAUUCAAUGCAAGAUUCCGAUAGAUCCAAGGAAUCAAAAGAUCAGUCGAAAAGCGAAGGAACAGUCCCGAAUGCCGUACCAUGUUCUGGAGAUAAAACAGAGAAACUCACGAAAGGUGUCAAGACUAGUAGGCUGUCGUUAGAAGCCUCUGAGGGUAUUAAAGCACGAAGGCGGUCCUCGGGGACACUAAAUUUGUCGUGGUUUAUCACCUUUGAGCAGUUUUUUGCUUCGGUUUUGACAGAACCGUUGUUGGUUGAAUAUUUUGAUGAGCAGACGAAUAUCGAAGAGAUUAUCAAUACAGUGAAAACUGAAGGAGUUAGGGACUUUGUAAGAGAUCCACGUAGGUCCCUCAGUGUGGAGUGAUAAAAAUAUGGGACUUUUUAGGUGACCCAAAGAGGUCCCUUGGUAUUGGGUAAAGCAAUUGGGUAUAACAUCAAGUACAGUUCUUUUAUGAUAGUCUAUUUAUUCAAAUUAAUCUUAUUUUAAAAUCUCUAAGAGCCAAUCCAAGUCAAAAAGAGACUGCAUGGUAAAUUAGUUUUUGUCAUCAAUCAAAGAUGCGAUAUAAAAGUCCAUUUUGCGCCACGAAUUUUUACAAAGUCCUUUUAUCACGCUAUACAUGAUAGAAAUUUUCCCCCGAUGAAAAAAGAAAAUACGAAGUAGCUGUCAGGUUCGUUCGA